GUCGAAGCGUAGAUCGCAGCGGAGCAGAGGUAAGUUCCUGAAUCUUCCUCCUGAGCCUGCUCAUCAACCCGGCAGGUGCGAUCAUGCGUUUGCUAUAUGUUGGGUUCUCCGCGUACUUCGGGUGGCUUGCCCUAGUGAUUCGUGUGGACUAGGGACGGGUAUCUUGCUUGGUCGCCUGAGUAUCCCUCUCUUGCAAAUCAAGACUCCUGGACGCGGCCGGCGUGCGCUGAUUUGCAGCUUUGCUGGGAAAUCGAGAUAGGGAGGUGGGUGGGUCCAUGGGGGUUUUCUCGAUGUCUGUUGCUUAGAAAGUUAGAAGGGGAAAGGUUGGGUUUGUUUGGACGGAUAGUGGCAAAUCUGUUCUGUUAUUACAGCGUCUUGGCGAUUGGUGGAGUAGGAGAGUGCAUUGGGUGUGUAAUACACUAACACUGUUCUAGUCGAGACUGUAACAACUUCGCGCUGAAUCCCGACUGAGCCACAAGUUCACUGAACUUUGUGGUUGCAAUGGCUUUAUGCUGAAUUGUUAUAGAUUGGUACUGACCCACAAUUUGUCUACAGUAGGUGCAGACUGCAGACCACCCACGUUAAUAAUCUGAGUGGAAAUUUCUCUCCUUUUAGGUUUAGUAUUGAAUGCGCUGUAAAUGAUUUAUCUCUUCAGCUUUCUAGGAUUGAAGUUUAUGGGCAAUGUUUGUUUUCAGUUUCACUUUCACCUCAAUGUGUAGUGGACGAUUAUCACAGUUUUGAUUCACAAUAAGCUAGGAAUUUCUUGUUGUACUUUAACUGGUUGAAUGUUCAGAUCGCGUGAGAAAAAAAUGGAACUGUCUCCUUACAAUGAAAACCAUACUCCAGUCGAUAUAUUGGAUAGCCAGCGGUUAUCUAACUGUGUACUUUGACCUUGCUGUGGAGAGGGUUUUAGUUUUAUUGUUCUUGAAGGAGCUAGUUUCUUUUGUUUAUACGGCACUCCUCCUAGGAUUCAAUGAUAAUAUGAUGUAUACACAACGUCACUUAGGCCAACUCCAGCAAUAGCGUGCAAAACAUUGUUUUGCGUUGUAGAUGCACUGUUUACAGAGUGGAGUUUGAAAUGGGGACUGAGAUAGGGAGUGGGAUAGGGAGCUGCUGGAAAUUGCUAGCAGUUGGAUGCUCCUUUAUUCACAUUCCUUUGGAACGUGGGAAAUUUUCCUUUUCCUUCAUUUUUCCAGUGAUUUAACUGAUCCCUGUGAAAUUUCUGUGUUCCAAAAGUAAGCGUUUUGCUCCUGUGUGUCUUGCCUAGGAACCUCACAUCUACCAAUUCAUUGCAGGCAUGGAUGGAAAGAGCUUUAGCAACGAACAGCAAGCCCAACAAAAGAACCCAGACGCAGUGACAAACAGUGUUCCGAGCCAAGGCCAGGAGCCCUUGAACACGUUUCCAGAUUCAGACGAUGGAAACACGAACACCGGUCCGUUGAAUGGCCAUGCAGCAGCUCAUGUGAACAUGGAAGCUGCCAUCUCUACGGAGGACGUCAUACGGGCUGGCGGGUUCGGAGCGAAGGAUGACAUUGGCAGCCUCCUCCCGACGGCAAUUGAUUCCACCGAUUUUGAGGCCUCGCUGCGGGAUGCCCGUGGUUUCGAGGGCGAGAAAGCGGCGCCGUCGCAUCCUGGACUAGGGUGGAAGGGGGAGAAAGCUGAUGGUGGAACCAAACUGGCAGAUGUGGCGGAGCAGUGAUCACGCUUUCCUCUUCUGUAGCCCAGCUCCAGCCUUCAGAAAACCUUGUUUUCUGCCACGUGUGUCUGGAGAGCUGCCCUGCGUAUGAACUUUCUUUGUCACAGUGUUUUGUGUGACACAUAACAUUCUGUGUAUGAACAUGAGGAUGUCGGUUCUAUGCUGUCUGUCGUAUAGCUCUCAAUUGUGUUGGAUGUC